CAGCUUUACGUUAGUUUGAUUGAUUGAUCUCGUCGAGUAGAUCGUUCAGAAGUGAAGCCUCUCAUGUUGCUUGUCGAUCUCACCCAAAGACUGCACAGCCACGCUAGUGCCAGCGUUUCGACUGGACUCGCAGAUGUUGCACACAUAAUAUUCACAGGCAUGCGAGCCCCUCCGACUACUCACAGCAGUAUAAGCAAGAGCGGAAGGUUGUGGUCUCGUGGUCACCUCUGUCGAGCAACGCGCGAGGGACUUACUCUUGAGCGGCCUCAAGAGCUAAAUGCGUCUGCACCUUCAUCAAGGCGGCAGCCGAGCUUCAGAGCACCGGACCGACCACACUUUUCAUCAGCAGCUGGAGCAGAUGUGUCCCGCCACAACCAGGCUCUUUUGAGAUGGCUGGAUGAAUUGGCUGUGGACUUGGAGUUUGUAGAGGGCCAAGAAUUGGAAGAAGAAUUGCAGCGAACAGUGGAGGUGGCGUUGAAGGUGCAAGCCCAGAGGGGACAACAAAGUACAGUGCAUAACGAGAGGAGCAACAAGAAAAGGCGAAGUUGAUAAGGAGGGCGACAGCAUUAGAGAGAGAUAUGGCUUAGGACAUAACUAAGACUAGCUUUGAAUUGAGAAGCCAGCGCUUUGAAGGAUGCCAUAUUGGCAGGCUGGUGCUCUCGCCUGUUUUCAGCAGAGCAGAGGUGUGAGAAGGGAUGAGCGAAGAGAUUGGAGACAUGCGCUGUGAGACAAUUUUGUUGCUGCGUUGCGUUACAGGCGCUGUCUGCAUAGCUGUAGCGUUUUUUGUGGCAUGCAAUGCGCAUUGCCUUGAACAUCAGUUUGGGACGGAUUCCGCUGCUUCCUAAAUUAGGUACCUUGCUCUUGUGUCGCAGCAACGCACCAAUCGUUGACAAUUGUUCUGCUACACAUUGUUUUAGAAGGUAUUAGCUGUCAAGUAUGCCACCGAUUUUGGUUACUUAACCAAAAUUGCUUAAGAAUUCUGUCUUUCUUGC